AUGUUUGUUUUUCCUCCUCAGGCACCGUUUCCACGUGCUCCGAGGGCGGUCAAGAUGUCUACCAAUGAAAAGCCCCCACUUUCCCCAGCCGAGCGGGCCAUCGUCAAGAGCUACGGUGGCUGGACCCAAUUCAUGAUCAGUUUCGGAUUGAAGCCGUACGAGCUUGACGAUAUCUAUGAAGCGAAGUCUAUUGUUGCGUCCCUUGCUACCGAUGAUUAA